UUUGUACACUCGCUCCUUUGUCGCUUCUCUUCUCUCUCUCUCUUUCCGUUUUUCGAAUUUUGUUUUCUUCCUUCGUAAGCUUCCCUUUCGAAAAAUGGCGUCUCGUGGUGGUUACGGUGGUCGCGGUCGCGGCGGCGGAGGAAGAGGUCGAUCUGACCAGUCCUCUGGUCCCGCUUCGUGGCCCGCACUGCAAAGCUCCGGCGCUCGUGGCGGCGGGAGAGGUCGCGGCAACGCCGCCGGACGUGGAAAUGCUCCCGUCGUCUCGAGCGCUUCGUCUCCUCCGUCGGAUGUCGUUCCCGGCGUCGUCGGAGGAGCGGCAGGGGACGUCGCUUCGUCGUCUUCGGCGACGUCCGUACGUGUCUCUGCGUCCGAUUCCGGUUCGUCUCUCGGCCAGGAGUUAGCGGAGAAAGUCCAGAUCGCGACGGUUGCUCCGUCGUCGGCGAAGGCGGUGACGUUUCCGGUCCGGCCAGGGUUUGGUCAAGCGGGGAAGAAAGUGACGAUUCGUGCGAAUCACUUCCUCGUUCAAGUUGCUGACAGAGAUCUCUAUCACUACGAUGUUUCAAUCAGUCCUGAGGUUAUAUCGAAGAAGGUGAACAGGGAGGUGAUGACAACUUUGGUGAGGACAUACGGAGAAUCACACAUGGGGAAGAAGAUUCCUGCGUAUGAUGGCAGGAAGAGCCUCUACACUGCUGGCCCUCUUCCUUUUGAGUCUAAAGAGUUUGUUGUGGAUCUGAAUGACAAAAAAGCUGCUGCAUCGUCUAAGAGGGACAGGAAGUUUAAAGUUGCGAUAAAGCUGGCGUCAAGGCCUGAUCUUUUUCAGCUGCAGCAGUUUCUCCGUAGGAAUCAGAGGGAGGCUCCAUACGAGACCAUCCAAGUUUUGGAUGUUGUUCUCAGGGAUCUGCCAUCCCAAAAGUAUGUUACUGUUGGGAGGUCUUUCUUCGACCCUAGAUUGGGGAAUAGGGGUGAGCUUGCUGAUGGUGUUGAGUACUGGAGCGGGUAUUUCCAAAGUCUCAGGCUCACUCAGAUGGGACUGUCUCUUAACAUUGAUGUGUCUGCUCGAUCUUUUUAUGAACCGAUCCUUGUCACUGAUUUCAUCGCCAAGUACCUGAAUCUGAGGGACUUUAACAGACCACUGAGGGACUCGGAUCGUGUAAAGGUGAAGAAGGCAUUGAAGAACUUAAAAGUUGAAUUGGCACAAUUUAACUUCGCAAGAAGUUCCAAAAUCAGUGGGAUUUCCAACUGUCCCAUCAGCGAGCUUAGGUUCACUUUGGAGGACAAUACCCAAAAAACUGUUGUGCAGUACUUCGCUGAGAAGUACAACAUGAGGGUGAAAUACCCGUGUCUACCUGCUAUCCAAUCAGGCAGUGACGCAAGGCCUGCUUACUUCCCAAUGGAACUUUGCCGAAUAGCAGAAGGCCAGCGAUACACCAAAAAGCUCAACGAGAGGCAGGUGACUGCGAUGCUGAGAGCUACCUGCCAACGACCUCAACAGAGAGAGAAUGCGAUAAAAGGGAUGGUCAAGAAUAAUAGGUAUAACGAGAUUGAUCUGGUGAGCAAAGAGUUUGGAAUGUCAGUUACUGAUCAGCUAGCCUCAGUUGAGGCUCGGGUCCUACCUCCACCCUUGUUGAAAUACCAUGAAAGUGGCAGAGAAAAAAUGGUGAAUCCAAGGCUAGGACAGUGGAACAUGAUUGAUAAGAAAAUGAUUAAUGGAUCAAGAGUUGCAACUUGGACUUGCGUGAACUUCUCCACUCGGAUUGACCGGAAUUUACCACAAGAAUUCUGCCGUCAAUUAAUUGACAUGUGCGUCAGCAAAGGAAUGCAAUUCAAUCCGCAACCUGCUAUUCCGUUCGUCUCUUGCCAGCCUCAAAGAAUUGAGGAAGCACUUCGUGAUAUCCACCAAAGGGCAUCUACUCUUCAACUUCUUAUUAUAAUAUUGCCUGAUGUAACUGGUUCGUAUGGAAAGAUAAAAAGGAUAUGUGAAACUGAACUAGGGAUUGUCUCCCAGUGUUGUCAACCAAAUCAAGCUCGUAAACUCAACAAGCAGUACAUGGAAAAUGUCGCACUGAAGAUCAAUGUCAAGACUGGGGGUCGGAACACAGUUCUUGAUGAUGCUAUAAGAAGAAGAAUUCCCCUGAUCAGUGACCGACCGACCAUAAUCUUUGGUGCUGACGUGACUCACCCUCAAGCGGGAGAGGACUCAAGUCCUUCUAUUGCUGCGGUUGUGGCAUCGAUGGACUGGCCUGAGAUAACCAAGUAUCGUGGACUGGUGUCUGCUCAGACCCAUAGGGAAGAAAUCAUCGAGGACCUGUAUAAGCUGGUGCAGGAUCCUCAGCGAGGGCUAGUCCACGCUGGCAUGAUAAGGGAACAUCUCAUCGCAUUCAAGAAUGCGACAGGUCAAAAACCUCAGAGGAUCAUAUUCUAUCGCGAUGGUGUAAGUGAAGGACAGUUUAGUCAGGUGCUGUUGCAUGAGAUGACUGCUAUACGCAAGGCCUGUGCCUCUCUCGAAAAUGGCUAUCUUCCGCGUGUAACGUUUGUGGUGGUCCAGAAAAGACACCACACACGUUUGUUUCCUGCUCAACACGGAAACCGUGAUACUACUGAUAGAAGUGGCAACAUUCAGCCAGGGACCGUCGUGGAUACUAAAAUCUGUCAUCCAACUGAAUUCGAUUUCUUUUUAAACAGCCACGCUGGCAUUCAGGGAACAAGCAGGCCUGCACAUUACCAUGUGCUUGUGGACGAAAACGGUUUCACUGCCGAUGGUUUACAAAUGCUCACCAACAACCUUUGUUACACGUUUGCGAGGUGCACGAGAUCUGUCUCGAUUGUGCCACCGGCUUACUAUGCCCACCUGGCUGCGUUCAGGGCUCGUUACUACAUGGAAAGUGAGACCUCUGAUGGGGGUUCAAGCAAGAGCAGGAACACAACCGCAAGCACGAGUGCUGUUGUCUCGCGUCUACCAGCCAUCAAAGAUAACGUCAAGGAUGUUAUGUUCUACUGCUGAUGAAGCACCACUUUCUUGGCUACUAGCCCAACCGAAAGGAAUGAUAAAUAAUGAACUCUCUUACCUUUCGGUUUUGGUUUUUUUAACUCGUCUUUUGGGGUUUAGCUGUGAAUAUUUUGAAUUAUGCGGCUAAUAUUUUCUCUCGGAACUUUUAUGCGUUUUGGUUCCACGACAAUGAUCUGACUUCAAGUUUGUCGUUGUGGAAAAAAAGGAAAAGGGUUUAGCUAUGGUUUUUCUGACUCGGAAGUUUCAUGUGCUUUGUUCUGCGUUAGUUUUCUACUAAACUAUUAAUCCGAGAUAUCAGUUUAUAAUCAGUGAAUCACCUUUAUUUUAA